CUGCCUGGCAGGAGGGAGGGAGUGCCGGCUCUGCAGAUUGGCCCAGGCCAGGCUGAGCAAUGCUGGGGCUGCUAUAAGAGCUCUGCCUGUGCCAGGCUCUGCCAAGCCCUGCUCUGGUGCCUUCUCGUCUAGGAACAGGAGCCCGUGCCAGCCCGUGCCAAGAUGUCCUGCUCCGAGCUGUGCCCACCAAAGGCCAGCGUGGCCGUGCCCCAGCCCAUCGCUGAGAGCUGCAACGAGCUGUGCGCCCGGCAGUGCCCCGACUCCACGGCCUUCAUCCAGCCACCCCCCGUCGUCGUCACCUUCCCCGGCCCCAUCCUCAGCUCCUUCCCGCAGCAAGCCGUGGUGGGCUCCUCCGGAGCACCCGCCUUUGGGGGCUCCCUGGGGCUGGGGGGCCUCUACGGCGCCGGGGCCACGCUGGGCUCGGGGGGCCUCUGCACCUUUGGCAGAGCCUACGCUGCUCCCGCCUGCAGCCCUUGCGCCGUGCCCCGCUACAGCAAGAAGCUCUGGGACACCUGCGGGCCCUGCUAGACCCAGCCCAAGGACCCUCACACACCUCGGCCUCUCGCCUGCUCUCCCUCCUCCUCUCCUGCCCCUCUCCCCAUGGCCACUCCUCUCCUCCUGCCCCGCUCUGCCCCUCCACCAGCAUCCCACCGGGCACUGGCCUGGCUCUGCAAUGGCUGCCACGGGGCAGAAGCCUGAGGGAGCCCCUCUCCUGAGAGC